AUGGUCGUCUCACAGCGUCCUGACGGAGUCGAGCUGCCGCACGCAGAUGAGAUUCUCAAGGGCGAUGACGCGAUUAGCAUCGCCGACGGAAAUUGCUUGCACGACAAAGUGCUCGAUUUUCACAACCUGUUGCUGAAGAUCCGCAAUCCCACCUUGCCCAACGGAGGGACAUGGGCCGUGCUAGACAGCAAGAGCUUCGCGUAUUUCAAGCAGUUCCGUGCCACCAUAACGCAUGGUCGACCUGGGAGCGUCUUCGCGGUGGACUACAUGGCAAUUCCGAUUUGCCAUAGGGACCAUUAUUCUCUGAUGGUUGUGCCGUCGCCAUCUCGGAUAGUGGCACCGAGCAAGGGAGGGCAGGCGGAUGCUGUCGAGCUUAUCCUAUACGACAGCGCUGGUGUCCACAGCAUGGAUGCAGGAAUUUUUAACGGCGUCAAAAGCCUAUUACACGCAAUGGUCAUGGUGGAGCUACCGCAUAUCGAUGAGGAGACGGUCAAGGGAGCGCUCAUGGUGGCAAAAUGCGUCACGCUUGGGGGAAGCCGCAUUCCAAUGCAAACGAAUGGAGUCGAUUGCGGUGUGUUCGUUUGCCAGAACCUGGCCGAGCUGGUGGCGACCAGCUUUCAGACUGUCCGCGACGGGCUCAGCUUCGACCGGCCCACCCCACAUGUGUACCGGCGGGGCAUGAGGGCGGAGCUGUGCGAUCAUCGGGCUGGCACUCUCGCCACGAAGCUGCAAGCCAAGGGGAUAGUUAUGCCCACGCAGCCCCCGCCCGCGAAGGCUCUGGACCCAGCAAUCGUUGUGCAGGACGAUGAUGACAUCGUCGAACUGAAGUCAGAGGGGGGGAUGCAAUCAACCGACAUGCAGCUCGUCGUGCUUGCUGCGAAACUCGGCGCAAUCUCUCUGGCACUUGGGUAUGACGAGGAUCAGCUCCUAGCUGGUGCUGCGCACUUUUUGACAACUCACGCGCGUGUCGUGGCUCCAAUCGUCAAGGGGAUGGGGUCCGGCAAGGAUCCUGAGACUGUCGCGAGGAGCAUUGCGGGUGCGCUGCACACGACACCUUUACCUCUCCCACGCCAUCCCGCGGGCCAAGCGGGCGUUCGAUUAAGCAAGCUGACGACCAAGGCCACCUCACCAAGACCCGGCAGCAAGCCUCCGAGUCCACACACGCCGCAUCUUGUCAUGGCAAUCCCAGCAUCGGAGGCAGGAAUUUCUGGCUGCCGCAAGAGAGCAUCUGGCGCCAAUGUUGGGAAACCUCCACGAGCUCGAGAAGGGACACGCGAGGGACGGACGGUGCACACGGGUGUGCGGUAUGAUCCGGAGACCGGCAAGUACUAUGCGAAACUGGUGUGGGGACGUGGGUCCAGGCAGCAGAUUCGGCUUGGGUCAUACACCGAGGAGCUCGAUGCAGCGUACGCCUACGCUGCCGCGGCACAUGUGCUGCGACCAAAGGUUAUCAGCAAGGGCGCGGUUAGGUUGUCCGACUCGGACAUCGCGGCGCUAUCGGGUUGCACGGGUGAGCAUAUUCGCGCGCUGGUCCGUAAGCGGAAGUGGUGGAGGUGGCGUGAGUGGACAGUGGCUCUGCGCGAGAGGGGACAGGUGUUUCAAGGACAGGGGGAGGGUCAUGAUGCGGCAGUUCAUGCGGCAUCCAUCAGUGCGUCCGAAGAUAGUGAUGCACAUGAUGAUGAUGUAUACCCUUUGACGCAGGAGUGCGAGGGGGAUGUACACAUGGCAGCAGAAGGAGAGGCAGACGGCGGUUGUGAUGGCGGCUCUGACACCAACACUGAGCUAGUGGGGAAGUAA